UAAACCGUCCGAUGCCUGCCUGAUCAAUAGCGUCCAAUGCAUGACUCCCUAUCAUAGCCCACUGGGAGUACGCUCAGAAUUGUUUCUUCUUCUGGUCAGUCUGUUGUGUUAUUCGACGUCGCAGGAAUCCAAAAAGGGGUUGAACUAGGACCAAACGCGGUGGUAACGUUGGGUGAUGUGUGCUGCAUGAAUCGUAUGGAUCAACACCAGAUUGAGUCUUCGGGGAUUUUGUGUUCAGUCGCUGGUGGUCAGCUGUUAUGUGGUCGUGACAGCUCGUUAAUUCCGGGCAGAGUUUGACAUACAGAUGCAGUAAUAAUACCGUGGAGAAACGUUUUUUGGGGAUGCUCUGGCUUUUGUGUGUGUUUAAACGUCGAGUCUUUCUCUCCUCCGCUGGUCAAUGAAAGCGCGUGAGGGUCGGGAUGUGACGGUUUCGCAAUUAGGAUGUAACCAACCAAGCAUCGACAAGGCUGCAAUGAGAUGCACAGGUUCAGUUCUAGCCCUGAAGGAGACGCUCAACUAAUGUAGCUUUGACGUCGACGUGGGAUUGUCCCCCACAUCAUCACGUUUUUUCUUAUAAUUCAUUUUACAUCAAGGCAAAAGAAAGUGCUUGGGGAGGUAUUACAGAUUCACAACAUGAUAGAUGUUGGUAUGGCCAACUAUUGGAGUUGUAUAGUCUUUUUAUUCCAUGGCCUUGGCCUAUAAUUAACAACAUUUCUGCAUACAGAGUUUAUAUUUGGAUUAUAAUGAAUUAUGUAAAACGAAGUCCUCCUGGAAAUGUAUUCUACACUAGAGGUCUGUUUGUUGUUACAGCAUAUGUCCCAGAUGACAUCUAAUUUAAUUGUUUUUGUCAUCAAUAGGCCUAUGCGUCACAUUUUCAAAAGUAUCAUGGACAUACAUUUUCCCUAUCAUAAUGGACAUUUAACUGGACACAUUUAAUUGACUUCAACAUUUUCUGAAUUCAGUCAUCAAGGAUUUCUCAGGAAUGUCAUAGACCUGUCAUUUAAGAAAACAUUGUGACAAUGUAACAACAUUGUAACAAGAACAAUACUUUGCGCGAAUUCGGCUUUUCUAAGAGACUAAAAAGCAGGCACGUGUGUGGUCCUGUGUGUUGCUUUUUUCUUUGACUUUUAUCUGAGAAAUAUAAUGUCCAGAUCGAACAAUGUGAGCCCGCCCGAAGUCGGUGCGCCUGGGCUGAGGGGAGGGACUGAGCUCAGAUCUGCUUGGGGCGAGUCUGAGUCUAUUGCAAACGGAUGCCCAUACUCGGCUAGAUCUCCGAGCAAAAAACUCGCCCGGUCGAACAGCAGAUGGAGGGAAGGAGAUGAUGAUCCCGAACAGCAGCCCGGACCAGGACGAGCCACGACAACGGUUAGCAGGGUCAGUUUUAGGUCUAGAUCUGCGUGGCAAGAGCAUGGCACUGGGGAAGAGAGCCGAAACAACAACCGAUCUUCCCCAAGGCACGCAGAUGGAGCCGGGGAAGUGAGACCCAAAUCGGUGGAAUUGGGCUUGGAAGACCGGAGAGUGAAGGGCUCCAAACCCGAGGAGGAACUCAUGCCUGAAGUUCACCUUUCCAUGGUUGCGUGCUGCAGCAGCGCGAUGCAGAUUUUCAGAUCCAAGAAAUUCCAAUCGGAGAAGUUGGAGAGGCUGUACCAGCGUUACUUUUUCCGGCUCAACCAGAGCAGUUUGACCAUGCUCAUGGCCGUUUUGGUGCUCAUGUGCGCGGUCAUGCUGACAUUCCAUUGCGCGGGGGGAGUAUGCAGGAUAACUUACGUGGUGGUCUUUUCCUUGGCCAUCUUACUUAUCCUCAUAUUGAUGGUUGUGUGCAAUCGGAACGGGUUUCAUCAGGACCACAUGUGGAUAGUCUGCUAUGUGGUCAUUCUAGUCGUGCUGGUUGUACAAGUGAUCGGGGUGUUGCUUGUUCAGCCUCAAAGUGGUUCUGAGGGAAUUUGGUGGACGGUGUUCUUUAUCCAUGUCAUCUACACGCUGCUCCCGGUUCGGAUGCGGGCUGCGGUUAUCACUGGAGUUAUACUGUCUACCAUCCAUGUGGCCGUGUCUUGGAAGUUAAACGAAAGGGAUGCCUUUAUAUGGAAGCAGAUAGUGUCCAACGUCCUGAUCUUCUCCUGUUCUAACAUCGUGGGCGUGUGUACCCACUACCCAGCCGAGGGCUCCCAGAGACAAGCCUUCCAGGAGACCAGGGAGUGCAUCCAGGCUCGCCUCCACUCACAGAGGGAGAACCAGCAGCAGGAGCGUCUCCUGCUCUCCGUGCUUCCUCGUCAUGUUGCCAUGGAGAUGAAAGCUGAUAUUAACGCUAAGCAGGAAGACAUGAUGUUUCACAAGAUCUACAUCCAGAAGCACGACAACGUCAGCAUCCUGUUUGCGGACAUCGAGGGGUUUACCAGUCUGGCGUCCCAGUGUACUGCCCAGGAGCUGGUGAUGACACUCAAUGAACUUUUCGCCCGCUUCGACAAGCUGGCUGCGGAGAACCACUGCCUGCGUAUUAAGAUUCUUGGAGACUGCUACUACUGUGUGUCUGGACUGCCAGAGGCCCGGGCCGACCACGCAUCCUGCUGUGUGGAGAUGGGUGUGGACAUGAUCGAGGCCAUCUCGCUCGUGAGAGAGGUCACAGGGGUCAAUGUGAACAUGCGUGUGGGCAUCCAUAGCGGCAGGGUCCACUGUGGGGUACUGGGACUCAGGAAGUGGCAGUUUGACGUGUGGUCCAACGAUGUCACGUUAGCUAAUCACAUGGAGGCUGGGGGCGCGGCAGGGCGGAUCCACAUCACCAAGGCCACUCUGAACUACCUGAAUGGAGACUAUGACGUGGAGCCAGGAUCAGGAGGAGAGAGGAACGUCUAUCUGAAGAGGCACAACAUUGAAACCUACCUCAUCGUGGGCUGCAGCCAGAAAAGGAAAGAAGAGAAGGCGAUGAUAGCGAAAAUGAACCGUCAGCGCGCCAACUCUGUCUCCCACAACACGGGCCACUGGACCGACCGACCUUUCUACAACCAUGGAGGAAACCAGAUCUCCAAGGAGAUGAAGAGGAUGGGAUUUGAAGACCCCAAGGACAAACAUUUCAUUUUCAGAAACACGCAGGAAAACCUGAACCCAGAGGACGAGGUGGACGAGUUCCUAGGGAGAGCCAUCGACGCCAGGAGUAUCGACCGGCUACGCUCAGAACAUGUCAAGAAGUUCCUGCUGACCUUCAGAGAACCAGACCUGGAGAAGAAGUACUCCAAACAAGUGGACUCCAGAUUUGGAGCAUACGUGGCCUGCGCCUCUCUCGUCUUCCUCUUCAUAUGUUUCAUCCAGAUUGUCAUUGUACCACACUCCACUCUGAUGAUUGGGUUCUACACCACCUGUCUGAUCAUCCUGGUGGCUGUCAUGUUUGUCUCAGCAGUCUACUCCUGCUUUGGGUUUUUCCCGGUGCCUCUCCAGACCUUGUCCAAGAGGAUCGUCCAGUCCAGACUCAACAGCACCCUGGUGGGAGUCUUCACCAUCAUCCUGGUCUUUCUCUCUGCCUUCAUCAACAUUUUCACCUGCAGUACUGGAGACCUGAGGACUUGUCUGAGCUGGGAGCUGAACAUCAGUCGCAGCAGUGUGAACGCCUGCCAUGCACGCAGCCUAAACUACACCCUUGAAUCACUAGACGGCUUCUGUGGCAGUCCCUCACCCAACUGCAACUUCCCUGAGUACUUCUCUUCCUGUGUGUUGUUGAGCCUGCUGGCUAGCUCAGUCUUCCUGCAGGUCAGCAGCAUAGGUAAACUCCUACUCAUGCUCUUCAUCGAGAUCUUUUACGUCCUCAUCAUGGAAGUGCCAGAGGUCAGCCUGUUCGACAACGUAGACCUGCUGGUCAUGGCCAACGCUAUUGAGCAUAUAAAUGGAACAAGCUGUGUGAUGGAUUCCAAGGUCCCUCUGAAGAUCAUGACUCCUGUAGUCAUCACUGUUUUCGUCCUGGCCUUGUAUCUACACGCUCAGCAGGUGGAGUCCACAGCCAGACUCGACUUCCUCUGGAAACUACAGGCCACAGAGGAGAAAGAGGAGAUGGAGGAGCUACAGGCCUACAACCGUCGCCUCCUCCACAACAUCCUCCCCAAAGACGUGGCCGCCCACUUCCUGGCGCGGGAGCGUCGGAACGACGAGCUCUACUACCAGUCCUGUGAGUGUGUGGCCGUCAUGUUCGCCUCCAUCUCCAACUUCUCUGAGUUCUACGUAGAGCUGGAAGCCAACAACGAGGGAGUGGAGUGUCUCCGGCUGCUCAACGAGAUCAUCGCAGACUUUGACGAGAUCAUCAGUGAGGACCAGUUCCGCCAGCUGGAGAAGAUAAAGACCAUUGGCAGUACCUACAUGGCUGCCUCUGGCCUCAACGAUUCUACCUACGACAAGGAAGGCCGCUCACACAUCAGAGCCCUGGCAGAUUACGCCAUGAGACUCAUGGAUCAGAUGAAGUACAUCAACGAACACUCUUUCAAUAACUUCAAGAUGAAGAUAGGUCUGAACAUGGGUCCAGUGGUGGCUGGGGUGAUCGGGGCCAGGAAGCCCCAGUAUGAUAUCUGGGGGAAUACCGUCAACGUUGCCAGCCGCAUGGACAGCACUGGUGUACCUGACAGGAUCCAGGUGACCUCUGACCUGUACAAUGUGCUGAACUCCUAUAACUACACACUAGAGUGCCGAGGCCUGGUCAAGGUGAAGGGUAAAGGAGAGAUGCAGACCUACUUCCUCACUGGAGGACCUCCCAGCAGUUAACACCCAGGGUGUGUCUGAAAUGGCACACUAUUCCAUGUAUAGUGCACUACUUUUGACCAGGGCCCAUAGGUCUCUGGUCAAAAGUAGUGCUCUACAUAGGGAAUAGGGUGCCAUUUCAGACGCAGCCUAUUCAAAAGCAGCCCCAGUAACAGACUGACACUGGCGCAGGAGAAGUAGAAGGGGGGGCUGUUGGGCUAACCCCCAAGCCUUUGACGAGCAGGUUCAUAGACCUGUGUUAGAUUGGGGAACUGACUGCCUCCCACCCAUACCCCUUUUCCUACAUUUAGCCCCUCCCUACCUGCACAGGUUAGCCUCCGAUUGGCCCAGAGUGAAGGAGACCACACCCAGCAUCCACUCGGAUUGGGGGAAAGUGACAGAGGGAGGGGCUUAGAGGGCAUGGGUUCGCUGAGGAGACCAAAGAAGUCCUAGACUGCAGAAGACAGACACAUUAUGACAGCAGUCUCUGUCUUAUUCCCACCAGUCAGUGUGAGAUAAGGAACCACUUACAGCCAAUCAUCUCACAGUACUGUAGGUCUCUGUAAGGUUCUCUGAGGAAAUCGCUACACUACCUGUGUUGUCAUAGACAUUCUGCUGAAGGAUCCUAGUCGAUCCAAAAAAAACCUGCAUGAAGACACUGAAAACCAUAUAUACACGUAAAACACACACUGUUUUACCUGUAUAUAUAUAUAUAAGUAUAUAUAUGUGAAAACAAACUGUUUUUGUCCAUACAGUCCAUGUAUGUUGUCUUUGUACACUGUUGUACUGUUAAGUGGUACAGAUAUUGCAAUUCUCCAUACAAUGGGUAUACUACACACUAACAUGGCCAUCGCCAGCCAGUACAGCAACACUGUCAAACCCUUUACCAGAGUUGGUCAGCGAGGAAGGAGCAGUGUGUUUAAAUCACCAGUAGGGGUCCUAGGUGGGCCGUUAACCUGGCAGGGUACUUGAACGACCAGAGUGAGACUGCUCUGCUCCUCUCCGUGUGAGUUUACAGAACUCUUCCACAGUCUACUUUACACACAGGCGCAAACACACAGACAAACGUGCAACAGAAGACACACACACGCAGAAACACAAGCACACACAUACAUGCGCUGGACAACACACAUACAGUGGCAAGUAAAGGAAUGUGAAGCCUUUGGAAUUACCUGGAUUUCUGCAUAAAUUGGUCAUUCAAUUUGAUCUGAUCUUCAUCUAAGUAACAAUCAGACAAACACAGUGUGCUUAAACUAAUAACACACAAAUUAUUUAAUUUUUCUUGUCUAUAUUGAAUAUAUAAUUUAAACAUUCACAGUUUAGGUUGAAAAAAAGUAUGUGAACCCCUAGGUAAUGACUUCUCCAAAAGCACAUUGGAGUCAGGAGUCGAAUCAAUGAGACAGUAUUGGAGAUUUUGGUUAGAUAAUAAAAAAACUCCAUUUUUGUUUGAUAUUCAAUAGAAGCAUUGCCUGAUGUGAAUGAUGCCUCGAACAAAAGAGAUCUCAGAAGACCUAAGAUUAAGAAUGGUUGCCUUGCAUAAAGCUUGAAAGGGUUACAAAAGUAUCUCUAAAAGUCAGUCCAUGGUAAGACAAAUUGUCUAUAAAUGGAGAAAUUUCAGUACUGUUGCUACUCUCCCUAGGAGUGGCCGUCCUGCAAAGAUGACUGCAAGAGCACAGCGCAGAAUCCUCAAUGAGGUUAAGAAGAAUCCUAGAGUGUCAGCUAAAGACUUACAGAAAUCUCUGGAACAUGCCAACAUCUCUGUUGACGAGUCCACGAUACGUAAAAACACUAAACAAGAAUAGUGUUCGUGGGAGUACACCAUGGAAGAAGCCACUGCUGUCCAAACAAAAACAUUGCUGCACGUCUGAUGUUCGCAAAAGAGCACCUGGAUGUUCCACAGCGCUACUGGCAAAAUAUUCUGUGGACAGAUGAAACUAAAGUUGUGUUGUUUGUAAGGAAGGAACACACAACACUAUGUGUGGAGAAAAAAAGGCACAGCACACCAACAUCAAAACCUCAUCCCAACUGUAAAGUAUGGUGGAGGGAGCAUCAUGGUUAGGGCUGCUUUGCUGCCUCAGGGCCUGGACAGCUUUCUAUCAUCAACGUAAAAAUGAAUUCAAGUUUAUCAAUACAUUUUGCAGGAGAAUGUAAGGCUAUCAAUCCGACAAUUGAAGCUAAACAGAAGUUGGGUGAUGCAACAAGACAACAACCCAAAAUACAGAAGUAAAUCAACAACAGAAUGGCUUGAACAGAAGAAAAAAACUUCUGGAGUGGCCCAGUCAGUCCUGACCUCAACCCGAUUGAGAUGCUGUGGCAUGACCUCAAGAGAACGGUUCACACCAGACAUCCCAAGAAUAUUGUGGAGCUGAAACAGUUUUGUAAAGAGGAAUGGUCCAGAAUUCCUCCUGACCGUUGUGCAGGUCUGAUCCGCAACUACAGAAAACAUUUGGUUGAGGUUAUUGCUGCCAAAGGAGGGUCAACCAGUUAUUACAUUUUCUCCAACCUGCACUGUGAAUGUUUACACAGUGUGUUCAAUAAAGACAUGAACAAUUAUAAUUGUUUGUGUGUUACUAGUUUAAGCAGACUGUUUGUCUAUUGUUGCGACUUAGAUGAAGAUCAGAUAACAUUUAUGACCAAUUUAUGCAGAAAUCCAUAUAAUUCUAAAGGGUUCACAUUCUUUUUCUUGCCACUGUACACAUACAUACAAAAAACACAGACACAUGCUGAAAACACUUUCAACUGAGGAUGUCAAUGAAAAGCUUUUGUAUUUUCAACAUUUUGUAUUUUGACUCCAAAACACCAAACUAUCAGAUAUUUUAGAUUCUAUAUUUUGUACAUUAAUAUAUUAGAGAGAGACAUCUAUAAAUAAACACCAUGUGUAUUCGAAUGUACAUAGCUGACAGAGACCUAUUACAAUCAUGCACAUUCACAAGGGGUGGGAGAUAUCAAGCAGUUGCCUGCACUUGUGGCAAGGCAAUUUUCUUUGACCUUAUUAACACCCUGCAGUCAGUCCAUACCAUAGAUAGAUAUAGUUUUGGUGCUCUAAGAAGCCUUUGAACUACACUGCUACUGUCCCCCACCCCACCAACCCUGGUUCAAUCAGAUAGUAUGACCCAAUGAAUGUCCAAUGUUCUCCAAUGAGGCCUUUAUUCUAUAGGCUAUAAUAUACUGAUGACAUGAUCCUUAUGUUAAAUAAAGUAAAGACCAGCUUUGUGGGAGUCCCAUGUGGAUAUGUUUUCAUUUUGACCUUUCACAUGCUGUAUGUUUUUAUUACUGGUUGUGUCCCAAAUUGCACCCUAUUCCCUAUUUAGUGCACUAAUUUUGACCAGGGCUCCGGUCAAAAGUAGUGCACAAUGUAGGCAAUAGUAUGCUUUUUGGGUUACACACCCUGGUCAAAAGUAGUGCACUAUGAAGGCAAUAGUAUGUUAUCUGGGUGGCACACCCGUUUUACUAGAGCAGCCCCACUAGAUGUCUUAUCCUCUGGUCUUUAAUCAUUUCUAACUGAAACACUCCUACCUUCAGUCCCUCUCCACUCCUCAAAAUGGUGCCAUUUUUUGCUCUUGUGACUUUUUCUUUACUGUUAUUGUGUGUCAUUGGUUGUGUUAUAAGGUUUUAUAGGAGGUUGAGAUUGUACUUUAGUUGCUGGGCCUUUGAAUAUAAGCAAGGAAAAUACAGUGCCAUUGAAUUCCAUUUACCUUUAACAUUUGUUCUCAAACUUGACUUUGAGAGGGGUACAUUUCAGGUGAUGGGACAGACAGACAGUCUCUGUUAGGGGGGCAGUGGGGCAUGGCUCCCUUCCUCUCUACUUGGAGAUAGGAUGAACCUCAUAAGGUGUUCCUUAGAUAAAGGAGUGGUGAGGAGAAGAGAAAUGGCAUCAGUGCAUUUUUAGUCAGAGGCAAACCUUCGGUUGUCUUGGCUUUCUAUCAUGUCAAACACUAUGCUGUUUUUGUUUUGUUUUUUUACAUUCAAAUAAACCACUAAAAUGUCA